UCAUGGUCGAGUCAAGAAGCCCUAUGUUCACACUUCACACAACAAGUCAAUUAACCAAAGAAAAUUAUUGUGUUCUUUUUUCAGUUAUUUUAUUUUAUUUUAUUUUUUUGCCUUUGUUCAAUAUCAAUAAUCCCCAUAAAUGAAGCUAGAUAAACUUCAUAGUACUUGAAAAGUCACACAACAACUUCAAAAAUGUUAUGUCUUUGAUCAAAAUGAGUAUAAUUUUCUACACUUAUCUUAUACUUAUUUAUUUUUCUCAAAUUUCUCUAGCACUUGAUUCUAUAUCUCAAUCCAUUCCUCUAAAAGAUGAUGGCAACACUUUAGUUUCCAAAGAUGGAACCUUUGAACUUGGAUUCUUCACUCCAGGUAGUAAUUCCCAAAAACGUUACCUUGGAAUUUGGUACAAGAAAAUCCCAAUUCAAACAGUAGUUUGGGUUGCAAACAGGGUCAAUCCAAUCAAUGAUUCAUCUGGAACAUUAACCUUAAACAUCAACGGUAACCUCGUACUAACUCAAAAUGAAACUAUUGUUUGGUCUACAACAACAAAAAACUCUCUUGGAAAAAAACAAGUUAAUCCAAUUGCUUUUCUUUUGGAUUCUGGAAAUCUUGUUGUAAUUGAUCAGAAAGAAGCUGAAAAAGAAAAAAAAUCAUAUUUUUGGCAAAGUUUUGAUUUUCCAACAGAUACUUUUUUACCAGAAAUGAAGUUAGGUUUGGAUUUUCGAACCGGUCUUAAUCGGCGAUUAACGGCUUGGAAGAGUCCUAAUGAUCCAUCACCUAGUGAUUUUUCAUUUGGUUUAGUGUCACAUAAUAAUCCUGAUGGAUAUAUGAUGAAGGGUGACAAAAUUUUCUAUAGAAGUGGACCAUGGAAUGGUUUACAUUCAAGUGGUUCACCACAAGUUAGGCCUAAUCCUAUUUAUGAAUUUAGGUUUGUUUUUAAUAAGGAUGAACUUUACUAUACUUAUAGUCUCAAAAAUUCGUCGGUCAUUUCGCGAUUAGUACUUAAUGCAACUGCUUCUGUUCGUAACCGUUAUGUUUGGAUUGAAUCGGCGAAAAGAUGGGAGAUUUAUACUUCGGUACCACUGGAUUUAUGUGAUAACUAUGCAAUUUGUGGUGCUUAUGCGAGUUGUGUUAUUUCUGAUUCCCCUGUUUGUCAAUGUAUAGAAGGUUUUGAGGCUAAGUUGCCUCGAGCGUGGAACUCGAUGGAUUGGUCUAAUGGAUGUGUUCGAAAAAAGGCGUUACGCUGCGAGGAUAAAGAGAAGGAUGGAUUUGUGAAAUUGAGUGGUGUGAAAGGGCCUGAUACUACAUAUAGUUGGUUGGAUGAAAGAAUUGGUUUGGAGGAAUGUAGGGUUAAGUGUUUGGAUAAUUGUUCUUGUAUGGCUUAUGCAAAUUCAGAUGUUAGAGGAGAAGGGAGUGGAUGUGCAUUGUGGUUUGGUGAUUUAAUUGAUAUUAGAAAUUUUGCAGCUGGAGGACAGGAUUUAUAUGUUAGAAUGGAUGCUUCGGAAUUAGUAGAACAUGUCAAUGUGGGAUCACACAAGAAGAAAGGAGUGAUGGUGGCAGUAACAGUUUUGCUUGCUGUGGCUGCGCUUUCCGGUAUACUCAUACUUGCUUGGUGUUAUAGACAGAAAUCAAGCAACAAUGUAAAAGAUAAAUCAGAGUUCAUUAUCAAUGAAGAUCAAUACAGUGGAAUGCAAGUGGAUGAUGGUGAUCUACCAGUCUUUAACUUGUCAACAAUUGCAAAGGCCACUAACAACUUUACAGUCAAUAACAAAAUUGGAGAAGGUGGCUUUGGACCUGUAUACAGGGGAAUUCUAGCUGAUGAAGUGGAAAUCGCUGUGAAAAGACUUUCAACAAGCUCAGGCCAAGGAUUGAAUGAAUUUAAAAAUGAAGUAAAAUUGAUUGCAAAACUUCAACAUAGAAAUCUUGUGAAGCUUCUUGGUUGUUGCCUUGAAGGAGAAGAAAAAAUGUUGGUUUAUGAAUACAUGCCUAAUAGUAGCUUGGACUCCUUUAUUUUUGAUAAGGAGAAAAGUGAAUUACUAGACUGGUCAAAACGAUUCGAUAUUAUAUGUGGAAUUGCUCGGGGACUUAUCUAUCUUCAUCAGGAUUCGAGACUAAGAAUUAUUCAUAGAGAUUUGAAAGCUAGUAAUGUUUUACUAGAUAAGGAAUUGAAUCCCAAAAUAUCAGAUUUUGGCAUGGCUAGAAUUUUUGGAGGAGAUCAGAAAGAAGGAAACACAAGGAGAAUAGUUGGGACAUAUGGUUACAUGGCACCAGAAUAUGCUACCGACGGUCUAUUUUCAGUGAAAUCGGAUGUCUUUAGUUUUGGUGUUUUAUUGAUGGAGAUUAUAUCAGGAAAGAGAAGUAGAGGAUAUUAUAAUCAAGACCAGAUCCAUAAUCUCAUAGGCUAUGCUUGGAAACUUUGGAAAGAAGGAAGAGCAAUAAAAUUGAUUGAUAAAAGCAUAGAAGACACUUGCUUUAUGUCACAAGUAUUGCAUUGCAUUCAUGUUAGUCUAUUGUGUGUUCAACAAAAUCCAGAGGAUAGGCCUGGAAUGUCAAGUGUGAUUUUAAUGCUAGUAAGUGAUUUUGAAUUACCUGAACCCAAACAACCAGGAUUCUUUUCAAAAGAUUCAAGUGAAACAGAAUCCUCAACAAGUAAACAUCUACUAAGUUCUACAAAUGAAAUAACCAUUACUUUAUUAGAAGCUAGAUGAUAAUUCUUAUCCUAGCACAUAAUUGUUUUUUGUAUUUAGAAUAUUGUAGUGGAAGUUAAGAUUGAAUGUAAUAUCUGACUCACAUUGAUCCUACACUACCUUUUUUGUCUCAACAAAAUUAAUUACCUAUGUUGUAUUAGAGUUUGACAUAUAUUUGUUGGAGUUCAAGUGUUAGUGGUUAAUUAUAUAUCUAUUAAGAGUAAAGAAAAUGUGGAAUAUA